AUGGUGGACGGAGAUUCUAACUCUCCCACCUGGAAGUUCACCCAGUGUUUCGGUGACAAAGGAGAUGUUGAGGAUAUCACAGAAGCUGAUAUCAUAUCAACCGUCGAGUUCGACCAUACUGGUAAUUACUUAGCAACAGGAGACAAAGGUGGCCGAGUUGUUUUAUUCGAGAGGAAUGAGACGAAAAAAACUUGUGAAUAUAAAUUUCACACCGAAUUCCAGUCACACGAGCCAGAAUUCGACUACCUCAAAUCCCUGGAAAUCGAAGAGAAGAUCAACAAGAUUAAGUGGUGCCGUCGUCAGAAUGCUUCUCACUAUUUACUUUCCACCAACGACAAGACGAUCAAACUAUGGAAGGUUUUUGAGAAGUCACUGAAAGUAGUAGCCGAGAACAACUUAUCUCACGACCUAACGCCCGGCAAUGUUGCUGGUGUUGGAGGAGGAGCCCCCAGGGCUCUUCAUCAGUCACACUUCAAAAAUGCCGGAGAGUUGAAGCUGCCACGAUUGACGCAUCACGAUACUGUCGUUGCUGCGGUUCCCCGGCGUACAUAUGCAAAUGCUCACGCUUAUCACAUCAACAGUAUCUCGGUCAACAGUGACGGAGAGACCUUCAUAAGCAGCGACGACUUGCGGAUCAACCUCUGGAAUCUUAAUAUUCAGGACCAAAGUUUCAAUAUUGUCGACAUCAAGCCUGCGAAUAUGGAGGAGUUGACUGAGGUCAUUACUGCUGCCGAAUUCCACCCCAUAAGCUGCAAUUGGUUUAUGUACGCGAGUUCGAAGGGUACCAUUAAGCUAGCAGACAUGCGAGAAAGUGCUCUUUGCGACCAGCAUGCGAAACUUUUCGAACAAGAAGAGGACCCGUCAUCGAGAUCAUUCUUUUCAGAAAUCAUAUCCUCCAUUUCGGACGUGCGCUUCUCAUAUGACGGUAGAUACAUCUUAUCUCGAGACUACCUCACUGUGAAGAUCUGGGACGUCAAUAUGGAACGUCAACCAGUCAAGACCAUACCCAUUCAUGAGCACCUUAGACCGCGGUUAUGCGAUACGUACGAGAACGAUAGUAUCUUCGACAAGUUUGAAGUUGUUUUCUCGGGCGACGCCAAAAAUGUCAUGACUGGAAGUUACAAUAACAACUUCAUGAUCUAUCCUUCGGAUCCCGAGAAGGAGAUCGAGGUUGUUCUACAGGCGGACAAAUCGGCCUUCAAGGCGAAGAAAGUAGGUAUCCCGACGCCUAUCAAUUCGUCGACGAGCCCCACAGCGACCAACGGCGGUAAGAAGGGCGGAUCGCGUGCAGGUAGCCCGGCGGCCGGUGCGGGUCAAGGACAGAGGAUGCGGAAGGAGACGGACGCAGAUCAGAUCGAUUUUAACAAGAAAAUCCUGCACAUGAGCUGGCAUCCGUUCGAGGACAGUAUCGCAAUCGCUGCCACGAACAAUUUAUUUGUCUUUUCGGCCCUCUAA